GAGCGCGUCACGCACGCACAGCACGAGCAGUCACGUGGGAGCCACAGCACUGAGGAGAAGCGCUAGCUGGUCUGCAGAGAAUAAAGAACAGGUUCGAGUGUGUUGUUUUCCGUCAGCUGAUCAGUAUGGUGAAAGGAGACGUAAACAAACCCAAGGGAAAGACGUCUGCGUACGCCUUCUUUGUGCAGACGAGUCGCAAUGAGCACAAACGCAAGACUCCCGACGUUCCCGUCAACUUCUCCGAGUUCUCCAAGAAGUGCUCCGAGCGAUGGAAGGCCCUGAGCGCUUCAGAGAAGACCAAGUUUGAAGACAUGGCUAAAGUGGAUAAAGUUCGCUACGACAAGGAGAUGACGAGUUACGUGCCGCCCAAAGGCGUCGGGAAGAUGAGCAGGAAGAAGAAGGACCCGAACGCCCCGAAACGCCCGCCG